AAUAUCAAGACUGAAGUAUUAAAAUGAUUUUUUUUCCAUUUCAGUAGACUGAGUAAAUCAAGCUUCACCAUGUCGUAUGAUUUUUAUAUAGAAGAGGACAAAGAUUCUGAAAUGCUUCCCAUCAGUGGAGAUGACGAAGAUGCAGUUGAAAGAGAUGAAGACUUGCUGUACUUGGCAACUGACCACCAAGAGGAGGAGAUUGAUUUCUUUGAUUCUGACCACAUUGAUGAUGUACGAGAAGAUUCCUUUUACUUUGAUGCUGAUGAUGGUGAAGAAUUUUACUUGGAAGACACUGAAAUGGAUAAUGAAGAUGAAGAUGAAAGAUACUGGGAUGAGAAAGUCCACAACGACUCCACAGUCACCAGGGCACAAAGUCUACUGAUGUAUAUUUUGUUCACCCUGACACACAGACUAACAAAAGUUGCCAGUGCUGACCUUCUGGAACUCAUAAACCUUCACAUUCCUAAUCUUUUCCCAAGAUCCAAUUACUUCAUCGAGAAGUUUUUCAAUGUUGCAGAUCACAUGGACACCAUUGAAAAACAUUUUGUUUGUGAACAGUGCCAAGGAUAUAUGGGCAAGGAGAUUGUUCCAAUAUGUGUGUAUUGUGGCUGGGAGAACAGAGAAAAUGAAACAACAGCAAAUUUCUUCCUGGUUAUGCCAUUGCAUUCCCAAAUAGAAAACUAUUUAAAGGUGAAUGGACUGCCAAAACAAAACAGAACAGCUGAUUGA